AUGAUGAAGGCUUUUGCACUUUUCUCCUUCGCAGCAUCCGUGCUAGCAGCCAGUCGCACCAGCGCUCCUAGUGGCUCAAUUGUUGUCGCAAAGUCUGGCGGCGACUAUAGUACCAUUAGUGAUGCUAUCUCAGCGCUUGAUACCUCCACCACAGAUACGCAGACCAUCUUCAUUGAAGAGGGUACUUACGAGGAACAAGUGUAUAUCCCCGAACUAUCCGGAGAGUUGAUUAUCUACGGCCAAACAGAGGAUGACACCACCUACUCCUCCAAUACCGUAACCAUAACAGCCGGUGUAAGCGCAACAGAAGCAGGCAACGACGACGAAUCCGGCACCCUCCGCAACUACGCCGCAAAAUCAAGCAUCUACAACAUCAACGUGGCAAACACCUACGGCGAGGGCUCCCAAGCACUAGCCCUAAGCGCCUACAACACCGAACAGGGAUACUACGCCUGUUCCUUCACAGGCUUCCAAGACACCGUCCUCGCCGAAACAGGCUACCAAGUCUACGGCUCCUGCUACAUCUCCGGCGCUAUCGAUUUCAUCUUCGGCCAGACAGGAAACGCAUGGUUUGAUAAGUGUGUCAUUGGUCUUGAGAAGUAUAGCUACGGUACUAUUACUGCGCAGGGGAGACCUUCUUCUUCAGAUGAGGGGUACUUUGUUAUUAAUGAGAGUACUGUUGAGGCUGUGUCGGGUGAGGAUGUCAGUGAGGGGACUUAUUAUCUUGGACGGCCAUGGAGUGAGUAUGCGAGGGUUGUUUUUCAGAAUACAGUGCUGAGUGAUGUUAUUAAUUCCGCGGGGUGGGUUGAGUGGAGCAGUAGUGAGCCCAAUACUGAGGAUGUGCUUUUUGGGGAGUAUGAUAAUUCUGGUGAUGGGGCUGAGGGGACGAGGGCUUCUUUUGCGGAGACGCUGAGUGCUGCUGUUAGUAUUGAGAGUAUUCUUGGGAGUGAUUAUGAGGAUUGGGUUGAUACUAGCUAUAUUUCUUGA